AUGAUUCCCACGUGUCUCCCUGCAAGAAACAAGUAUCACAUUCUGCCACAGUAUAUUGUCCACUAUCAGCCGAAUGCCGGAGAAUUCAAAUACACAUCACCACCAAAACCAACAUCGGCUGCUUGUAGCACAGCAGAUGGCAAGAAAGGCAAAGGGAAGAAGAAGGGAGGAAAGCUUACAAUAGACGAAUUAACAGACACUGAGAUGUUGAAAACCAAGCAUGACCAGGCUAUAGCCAUGCCUACAUCAAGCACAUUGGAUGGAUACAAUAUUCAGUUCACUGGGACUUUCCAGGACACGCAGGCCGGAAUGACGGCCCUGGUCAAAUCACAUGGAGCAACAAUAGGAACAAAAGCUGUUUUCAGUCUACUGAUAGCCUCGAAGCUGGAGUUUGAUCUAUCAACAAACAAAAUCCUUCAGGCUAACAAGAAAGGGGUUUCAAUAGUGGGUGAAAUGUUUUUAUAUGACUGCAUCAUCAACCAUAAGAAACAAAAUGAGGAUCAUUACAGAUAAGACGACUAGUCACAUACAAUAUUUAUGAUCACUUCAACAUUGAUGAUAUGAUAGCCACCAUGCCUUGCACCUGGGAAGAGCUGGGCCCGUAUUCACCAAACAAUUCUUAGACUUAAGUCUAAGACUAAAUAAUAUUCUUUAAAUGGAUAAAGUAUAGAAUGCUUGAACUUUGAGUCAAACUUGGCAUUAAACAACUACCUAUAUCAUUCUUCAUACAACAGUUUGUUCAUGACAUAAUCACCAGUGGAGGCCUGUAUAUAUUCAAAUACUGAUAUUGGUUCCAAGUCUAUUCUUUAUUCUGAAGUCUAAGAAUGGGUUGGU